AUGGAAGUGAAAAUCGAUGGCCGCCAGUUACACCAUCUUCGCUUUGCUGAUGACAUCGUUCUUAUAACAACAAGCAUUAGUCCAGCGGAGCGUAUGCUUGCCGACUUUGAUAAAACCUGUGGAAAGAUUGGUCCUCGACUAAAUCUCACAAAAACGAUGUUCGUCAAGAACGGAUUAGUUUCGCUUGCCUCACUCACGCUCAACGGAACGAGUAUCUCCGAAUGCUCCAGGUAUAUCUAUUUAGCUCGGGAAACCAAUAUGAUGAACGACUUAGCUCCAGAGCUGAGCAGAAGAAAACGAGCGUCUUGGAUAGCUUUCAAGAGCAUCGAGGAUGUAGUGAAGAGAACAAAGAACACCCGACUCCGAGCCCACCUUUUCGACUCAACGUUGUUUCCUGCCUUAACGUAUGCGUCAGAAACCUGGUCGCUGCGUAAGCAGAAUGAAAGAUCACUCAGCGUUAUCGAACGUGCAGUCGAAAGGACGAUCUUAGGAGUAUCCCGUUUCACACAAGUAAGGGAUGGGAUCCGAAGCUCCGACCUGCGUCAACGAUCAAAAAUCAAAGACGCCAUUCUGUACGCCAAACAGUCGAAGAUAAGGUGA